AUGAGCGACUUCAAGGGCAAGGUCAUCGCCAUCACAGGCGCAGCGUCGGGCAUCGGCCUCGCGACGGCGAAGAAAAUGGCGUCCCUUGGCGCGCGGGUAUCGAUAACCGAUGUCAACGAGGCUCUGCUUACGUCCGAGGCAGCGGUGCUCACUGGGCUGCAUGGCGCAGAGAAUGUCUUUUCCAAGGUCACCGAUGUGAGGGACCGAAAUGCGGUUGAGGCGUGGAUCGCCGAGACGGUGGAGAAGCUCGGUCCGCUUGACGGGGCCGCUAACUGUGCUGGCGUACUGGGCCGGCAGGGAAACAGGGCGACGAUCGCGGAGAUCGAGGACGAUGACUGGGACUUUGUGAUGGGAGUGAACUGCAAGGGAAUUCUGAAUGCUAUGAGAGCCCAGAUCCCGGCUUUGAAGGACGACGGAAAGGGAGCAUCUAUCGUCAAUGUUGCCUCUGUCUCUUCCUUGUAUGGAUUGGAGUUCCACGGGGCUUACACCGCGAGUAAGCAUGCAGUCGUUGGACUGACUAAGAGCGCUGCGAGAGAGUUUGGAAGAAAGGGUGUCAGAGUCAACGCCGUUUGCCCUGGGCCGAUUGAGACCCCUAUUCUGGCAGCAUCUAUGGAGUUUGCGGCCACUGGAGCUGUCCUUCCGCCACCUUUGCUUGGGCGAAUUGGGCAGCCAGAAGAGGUCGAGGCAAUGAUCACUUUCCUGCUCAGCGAUGCUGCAUCAUACGUCACCGGUCAAGCGAUGCUAGUCGAUGGCGGCAUGCUGCCAUAA